CUCUCAACUCUCUCAAGCUCUGAGAUCUCACUUCUUCUCUCCCGAACUCGACGCCGUUAUUCGUCUCCGUCGUUUAAUCGAGAGUAUGAAUCAGGAAGCAGCUGAAACAGCGAGAGAGUCGCUGGAGCUAGUGUUUCGGAUGUCCAACAUCUUGGAGACAGGGCUUGAUCGACAUACUUUGUCUGUUCUCAUAGCUCUUUGUGAUAUUGGUCUUAACCCUGAGGCUUUGGCUACUCUUGUCAAGGAGCUUCGCAGAGAUUCUGCUACAACAACAACAACAACUACGGUAGAUUAAUAAGAAGAUAAGCAAUUGUCAUUUAUGCUUGUUUUUAGCAGAUGAAGGAUCAGUUUUUUUUCCUCUUUAAGCUUCAAUUUCGUUGAUGUGUAAAUUAGGAUUGGUAAUGGUAAAUGAAUAGAGAGUUUCAGAGAACAAAUGGUGUGUAUGAUCAUCUUUUGCAUUCUCUUGUUGCCACUUCACUCUUUAUUCUUGCUACCGUUUGAUCAAAUCGUUUAAGAUCAUUAUAAUCAACCAGUGUGAUCUCU